AGGGUCUACCUUACAAUAUAAAGCACCUUGAGGCGACAGUUGCUGUGAUUUGACGCUGUAUAAAUAAAAUUGAAUUGAAUAGAUUAGAUUAAUAAUCCCCUGUGAAAAUGGAUUUAAUUAUUUUGGAGUAAUUAACAGCUAAUUUGAUCACUUGUUUAAGUAAUGCCUUAUUUAAACAGGAAGGUCCUCUCUAGGUUGACCUGCAUUGUUAAAACAAAACCAUGUCAUAAACAAAAUACUGCUGAAUUUCCUGCACUGAAACACAUUCUUGUCUGCCGUGCUCGUGACCAGCUGGCCACGUUCUCAGACUCCGGUUUCAGAGCAGUGGGCACCAAUUUCAUUGGCAGAUGUGAAAUUCGAAGAAGACAAAAGAACAAAAGCAAUGCACUAAACUGCACAGUUAAAACAACAACAACAAAAACACCCUAAAAGUUAUCAGUGGUGUGAAAACAAUCACUUUUGAGCUGUUUAAAACGGUGUCACAGCUGUAUAUCUUUGUGUAUACGGUGUGUUUUGUGCCAGCCUCAGACUCUGCGUGUGUGUUUGAGAGUGUGAAAGACUUGACAGCGGGGCUCUCAGCUGGUUAGGGCUCGGGGUGUAGAGGGAAGGAAUGCAGCUUCUUUCCGCAGUCUGUAAUUUGCUGUCAUCAAAUCAGAGAGAAAAACAGCAACACAUGAGAGGAGCCGAGGGAAAUGUGUGUGUAUGUGUGUGUGUGUGUGUGUGUGUCUGUGUGUGUCUUGUGGAUAGCUGGGGGUGAGAAGAAGGGAAAAGUCAUGUGAGAAGGGUUAAGAUGAGGAAGACAAGAGCUGGGAAACGAAGAGGAGCAGGGAGGAAAUGAAGGGAGCUGUGGAGGAAGAAGUGAGAAAGAGGAGACUUGCCCGUUGACUCUUGUUUUAACAAUCUAAUGAACUUGCAGCACAAUGGGUGACUCUCUUUAAUGAGUAAUGCCUCAGCAUGUCUCAGCAUUCAAUGUGGUGUUGAUUUUCGGGAGUAAAAGUCUCCUUCUUUUGUUUUUUACUUUCUGAAUGGCGCCUCUUACAGCAGCUGCUUGUUUACAGUAUUUUCUUCAGUUUGUUUUCUGUGUUGCUCCGUAUGGUAAACAAAUUAUCUGAAGUGGAAGCAUUUCUGAAGGAAUUGUAUUAACAUGGUUGCGUCACUAGUGUCAGCCUUGAACUGUUAAGCCAACAAUUUAAUCAUGGAAAACGCACUAUUUUCAAGGAGUGUCCUUUCUUCUAUUCAGCAAGUUAAAACAGCCCUACUGAACCUGUAAUCCAACAGCUUCACAUUAGUAAAUAUGGACAUAAUACCACAGUCUGCAAGGAGGAGGAAAAUAUACAACACACAGCACUGUGACUCAUACCUAACUGGAUUCAAUAACAACAGGCUAACUGAACCUUACUAAAGCAAACAACACUGAGACUCAAUUUGUGAACUGCAGACAAGUGCUCAGACAAAAACUGUAGGUAGGAUUACAUGUUACUAAAAGUGACCGCUGAAUCGAGAUUUCUGUGACUUGUUUUUGAGCUCUGCUUAGCUUGUGUUUGGUUUUAAACAAAGCCAAUACAAAAACUCAAAGUACUGCUCUCUGCUUUGGUCGAGGCCACAUCUUUAAAAAGCUUUUGUGUGGCUUUUGUCUGAUUGGCACAGACACUGCAGAGUUGUGUUUGCUGUGGUCUGGGAGUCAAAUGUGGCUGAAACACUGAGGGGAACCUGAAGCCCGUACUACUUAGCCAGGGCUGUGUGAAGCAGGGAGGACGAACGACCUGAGCUCCAGCUGCAUGAAUUAAUCACCAGGUGUUGAUUCAAAGCUGUGUGCGUCCUGAAAGGUCCUCGUCCUGAAAAAUGACUCAGUCUGUGCAAGUUAACCCAAAGCUGCCUGAUCUAGGCUCGCCUUUCCAUUACCCCAGUCAAGAGGAAGCAGAUCAGCAAGCUUCUUACUCUGUCCAGACUCCGUAUGGAUUUCAGCUGGAUCUAGACUUUCUUAAAUAUGUAGAAGAGAUAGAAAGUGGGCACAACCUCCGUCGCGCACCCAUCAGUUCUCGACGCUCUGGUCGGGGGCUAAAACUCUCCCAGAGGAGUCUGGGUGUGGGGGGGCGUACCAGUGGCUGGACGUCCACUGAGUCGCUCUCAUCCCCGGUCAGCGAAGAUGGCAGAGCUCCACCGCCACCACCGCCUCGUAACCGGCUUGGGUCAGCUCCCUGCGAGACAGUCUCCCUUUCCCCUGUAACUUUUCUCAACGUUCCUCCGUUAUCUGCUGGGGCAAAAGUGCCACCGCCUCCACCACAACGUAACCCCAGAGUUGAGCGGACUCUCCUGGAAACCAGCCGGAGGCUACAGCAGGAACAAACCCACCAGAACCAAAAUGGCGCCCGCUUCCAGCUUGCAGAUCCUCCCAAACUGCUCUUACCCUCUCCAGCCAUGCAGUCUCUGCAAAGUAGUUGGACCAAACCCAGUCCUCAGACAUCUGGGCGCAGCACUCCAGCUGCUGGCACCACUGUGACCCCAAUCCCACCCAGCCAACUGCAAACAGUUAGAGAGCAAAUGGCAACAGCCUUGAAGCAGCUGAAGGAGAUGGAAGAAAGGGUAAAAGGUGUUCCUGCACUUGAGAAAGAAGUGGCCAAGCUUCGUGCAGAGAAAGAUAUGCUCUUGUUAGCCCUGCAGGAGAAGAAGGCAGCCAUGGACUUGGCCCAACAAAAGCAACAGUUUACAGAGACAUCGACCCAAACCGUAGAGAUCCUCCAAACUGAACACAGUCGAUUGACUUCACCGACCUCGACUGGACACAAAGGCUUUGUAAAAUCUGGUGAGCUGAAAAGGCUGACAGAAAAGUUUGAAGGGAAAGAGGAGAAACCCCUCAAAUUGUCAAGUAAGACUUUAGUAAACGCCCCUGAAAAAACAGUCAUUCAGAAGAAGUCAGUGGCUGUAGGGGACGACAUGCCGAUGGCCUCAGUUGUUUUAUACUACAGAGAUGGUGUAAAAGAUGCAUGUGAGGGCACCAGAGUGAAUGUUUGUGAGAAAUGCACAGAAACCGAACCCCCCCUGGUUCAGGAGGAGGGAAUUCAAACCAGAGUGGAGACAGAAGAGGCUGAGGUUUGGGUCAUGGAGUCACUACUUGGCCUGACCACAGAAGCACAGCGGGAGAUAGACACCUUACAGGACACCAUUAAAUUCCAACAGGAGUCCAUUGUGGCUCUAGAGGAUCGGUUGAGUGUUGCAGAUAAAGACCUUGGAGUUCUUAGAGCGAAGAUGGAGGAAAACAUCUCCAAAAUCACAUUUGAGAAGGGGGUUCUUGCCAAACCUGUCAUGACAAAUGCCCAAGUAGAAACGCUAACUUCUGCAUUAAAGCACACUGCAGUUUCUUGUCAUCCGGAGAUGGCCGAUGCAUGUGUAGGUGAAGACGCAGAGUCAGAUCAAAGUGAACAAAGCACCCAGACCGAUGCAUUAGAGACACUAGAAGAACGAGCUCCGGCUGCUCCGGUUGUACUCGUUAGCACCGGGUGUCAAUGGGAGAACUUAAGCGAGGAAAAGACUGAAGAGCAAAAAGUUACUGUACCAAAGAGGAGACAGCUGACUAUUGCUGAAUACAAGGUCUCACCAGAAGAAGAAGAAGUAGUUGGAAAGGUUAAGAAUGAAGGAGGAGAUGAAAAAGAGAAGACUGCAGCCAGCAGCACCAAGACAGGUUUGCUGAAAUCAAUCAUGAAGAGGAAAGACGGGAAUAACGCAGGGGACAACCGCAGCAGCAGCAAGAAGAGCCUGCAGUUUGUUGGUAUUCUAAAUGGAGGGUAUGAAUCAACAUCCAGUGAAGAAGAGGAGGAAGAAGAGGAGGAAGAUGGGAGUUCUUCUGGAGAAAGUGUCGAAGGCGAGUGCUUGGACAGCACUGAAGAAGAUGAGGCAGCUUUGGAGGAAGAAACGUCAGAGGAGGAGAGAAACGUUAACCUGGAUGAGAGUGACACUGAUGAGGAAACGCUGAGAGCUGCAAAUUAUUCAUCUGAUGGUGUGAAAGAAAAAUUUGAGUUGAGCUCAAAAAUGCGAGAAGCCUGUCUCAUUCUGAAGAACCACCUAAACGAUGACCUCAAAACACUGAAGAGUAAGGAAGUGCUCUCCAGCACACACACUGUCCAACUAGAGUGGUUUCGUAUCUCCAGCGCGAAGAUGGCUCAGCCGCCGCGGGUCUCCGACUACCUGAUGGCGUUCUCCGAGGUGUCAUCAAUGCUGCUGGAGCACGCAGUCAACAUGACAGAUGGCAAUGGGAAUACAGCUCUUCACUACAGCGUCUCUCACUCUAACUUUGGUGUGGUGGAGCUGCUGCUGGACACAGGUGUGUGCUCUGUGGAUAAGCAGAACAAGGCGGGCUACACAGCCAUCAUGUUGGCUGCUCUGUCAACUGUGAAGAAGGAGGAGGACAUGGUUGUGGUCAAGAAGCUCUUCAGUCAGGGUAAUGUCAACGCCAAGGCCAGCCAGGCAGGCCAGACGGCAUUAAUGUUAGCAGUCAGCCACGGGCGUCAGGAGAUGGUGCGGGCGCUUCUCGAGUGUGGAGCCGAUGUCAACGUGCAGGACGAUGAGGGAUCGACGGCUCUGAUGUGUGCCAGUGAGCACGGCCGAACUGAGAUCGUCAAACUGCUCCUGGAACAGCCCGGGUGCGACAUAUCCAUUGUGGAUAACGAUGGAAGCAAUGCUCUGUCCAUCGCACUGGAGGCAUCCCACAACGACACAGCUGUGCUACUCUACGCUCAUAUGAACUAUGCCAAGACCCAGACUGCUGCGGGGAGUCCAAAGGCCCAGCCACGGAGCCCCACGAGCCCACACAAGUGCUGGCCUGCAGACUGACACGAUCAAAGCCGCUAACUGGGGCAAACACAUCAGCAAACAUAACUGGAUAUGAGCUGUGAAAAGCUCCACUGGAAUUUACUUAAACGCAUAUUUAUAGUUUGCCAUGUCCUCCAUUUACACUGAUCAGCCACAACAUAAACACCCGACGGGUGAAGUGAAAAAUAAUUGGAUUAUUUCGUUAAUAUACUUUGUUUAGCUGGUCAGCUUUGAUUUGGCUUAUGUCACUUGAUAGACAAAAUUUAGACUCUCACACCACAAAAACUGCUGAGGCACAGCUCAAGAACAUGUGGAGUCAGCCUCCACAAACCCACAGAACCAAAAAAUCCUGUUGCCAGAAAUCCCUUUUCAGGCUCCGACGAGUCAGAGCCGGGAUACUAAUGCUGUUGCUGAUCAGUGUACAAAAUAUUGUUAAGAGAAUAUUAUAUUUCCAUAAGAUUCUUCAAUGGUUAUUAUUUACUUUAGGUCUCUAAGAUAUGUUUAUUUUCUCUAUGACAUGCCUUGAGAUGUUACAUUUAUCAUUUGCACACCACUAAUAUUUUACUAUUAAGGGCAACACAUCAUUACCACAUAAUGUACAUCCAAAAAAUACAUCUAUUGGUUUUCCAUACACAUGCGCACACAGUGGCGUAGUGUACAGUUAUACCCCAAUGUCAUCAAAAAUCAUCACAUGGACGUCACAUCGUCCAGCGUGACUGAACUGAAUGAAUGUUGCUCUGUGGUCCUCCUUUCCU